AUGCUGCCUUCACCAAGUCUCAAGAAGGCCCUCAACAAGAUGGAGAUCGACCAGGAGCGCAAAGCCAUUCUUAAGGCCCUGCCGGACCCUCUGACAGACAAAGAAAUAUGCACGGCGGAGAAAAACUUUUGCAAGGCUGUGUUGGGCAUUCAAAAGGCCGGGGCUUCUCUUGUGCAGCAGAGGAGAAUGAGAGCCAUUUUCGAGCGCAAGAGGAAGGUCACAAAGGCAGAGGAAGCUUUGGCCAAGAGAGAGGAAGAGGUGAAGGCUAGAGAGUCAAAGGCAGAUGCCCAACAUGCGGCCUUCACCAAAUCUCGCCUCGAAGCCAUUGCUGGCGCCGAUACGCCUUCGGCGGUUGCCGCCGCCAUGAGCGGCAUGCAAGUCUGA